ACCUAAAACAUGUAUAUAAAAGUUGAGAAGCUCACCAACAAAGACUCAACAAACUAUCAAACACAUUCAAAAACACCCACCCUCAAAUUAUUACCCAUUCUUUCAAUUCUUCAUCAUCAUCAUCAUCAUCUUCGCUUUCUUGAAUUUUCAUAGUAUUCUUAGAACAUGGCAAUGAAGAAUUUGGAGAUGUUGCCCGAAGAUUGCCUUUACUCCAUUCUUUCCCUCACUUCCCCACUCGACGCCUUCCGCCUAUCGUCGGUAUCUUCCUCCCUCCGGUCCGCCGCCGACUCCGACUCCGUCUGGGACGGAUUCUUGCCGCCGGAUUAUAAAGAAAUCGUCGCAAAAUCCGUCGCGGCGGCCGAGUUUUCGUCAAAGAAGGACCUCUUUGUCCGUCUCUGCAACUCCAUACUCAUAGAUGAUGGUAAAAAGAGCUUUGCGCUUGAGAAGUCAAGUGGUCUGAAGUCAUAUAUGCUGUCUGCAAAAGAGCUCUCAAUUUUAUACGGUGACGCGUCUGAGCAUUGGACAUGGAAAUCCAUCCCUCAAUCAAGGUUUUCAGAGGCGGCAGAGCUGAAAAUGAUCUGCAGGCUAGAGAUUGAAGGAAAAGUGAAAAGAGGGAUUUUGUCACCAAACACAAACUACGGCGUUUAUCUGGUGAUGAACAUAUCAGAUGGUGCCUUUGGACUCGAUUCGAGGCCGUGUGAGACGUCAAUCAAAGUGGGCGAUAGAGGAGCAGCCGCCACCGGCAUUGCGUAUUUGCAGCCCGACGGCGGCGCGGAAGAGCGGCGGCCUUCCGCCGUUUAUAGGAACGGCGGUGGCGUUGAAAUGAUGAAAUCGCAAGGGGUUGAAGGCGGCGAGAGACGAGAUUCACGCGAGAGGAGCGAUGGGUGGAUGGAGGUUGAGAUUGGAGAGUUCUUCAACGGCGAAGAAGACGACGGCGAUGAGGAGAUUACGAUGAGUUUGUCGGAGGUCAAAGGUUGUCACGUUAAAGGCGGACUUAUCGUACAAGGCAUUGAAAUCAGACCUAAAUUCUGAUCAUUAUUUUAAUCUUUAUUUUUUAAAAUAAGUUAUUAGCUUAAAAGUGAUAUUACUUGAUAAUUUAAUUCUAAAUUUUGAAAAUUUAAAAGUAUGGUUUAAUCAAAUGAUGCAUUCAAAUUAAUGUGUUACGAGCUUAGUUUAGUGAUUUAGUAGAUAUUUCAGAAAAGAGAUCAAGAUUCAAACUCCACAUCGACAAUGUAAAGAUUAUGUCUAAAAUGGACAAAUUCCUUGUGCGCACAGCAGAUUUUAUCUUUAA